CACAUACUCCGCACUCUUGGCCUACGAGCGAAGCGAAUGAUGGAUAACCCCCUGGAAAACUCGACGAGAUCGCGCUACGGUGCUUCAAUCGUCAGCCUUCCGGCUACAGGAGGUGUAGAGCAGUCCAUGCCUACGAAUGUGAGGGCCAAACAGUCUCUUUCUCCCUGCGUCAUAAACCGCUUGCCAACCGAGCUGCUGUGCACCAUCUUCAUGAUGUGCGGAGAUCCGAACGGUCUCUUCGCAUACCCGCGAGACGAGCGGAUGGACCCUACCAGCACAUCUGUCAGGACGCUCUCCUACAUCCAGGCUACCGUGAAACUCGGACGCGUGUGCUCACUCUGGUUCACCGUCACACGCGGGACUCCUCAAUUAUGGACAGUGAUCGACGUCGCGCUGCCACAGCCAUGCGACGUCGCCGCCCUGAGGCUCGGUCUCAAGCACUCGCAGGGCGUGCCGCUCGCGCUCCGCAUCAACGACUACAUGUUUACGCCCAGCCGUCUUCGGAAUACCAAAGUCUGCGUGCAGUUCAUGGAGCUUGUCGCCAGCUCCGCGCAUCGCUGGGGCGAGAUCUCUAUCAUCAUGAAGUACGAGCCCCCAACGGUCUGCGAGAUGAUGGCGCCUCUACUUGAGCUUCCGGAGGACUCCUUUGUCUCUUUGAAGCGAGCCAUGCUUCGUCUUCAUGGGGGUGCCUGGGAGGGGUCGCCGACGGUCCGACUGUGGACGAAGUUCCACGCUUCUCCGACGAUAAGGGAGGUGCAGUGGUACUGCCAGCGCUUCAGUGCGCCGCCAUCCCUUCUCCAUCGGCUCACUCAUGUCGGCGUCAACAGCAUCAUGGCUGGCGAGAUCAUGGGUUUACUUCAGGAAUGUCCCCAACUAGAAGUCCUGCGUGCCAACGUUAAGCCAGCACCGGACAAGUUUCCAGGAUUAGAUGACGGGCGCUUGUUUCCAAAGCUUCCGACUCCCGUCAUGCUUCUACAUUUGCGCACUCUCAUCCUGUCUGGCAUGUACGACUGGACCAACUUCUUUGGAGGCCUGACGGCGCCGCGCCUAGACCAAUUGCAGAUGUGUGUCGCAGGCAUACAAGCAUCCCCUCUUUGUGCGAUGCUUAGGCGCUCGUCUGCUCGACUUCGCACGCUAGCAUUCCGCUGGCUAUACCACGAAUCUAAUGACGAUAUCGCAGCUCUCCUACAAUCACCCGAGAUGGAUUACUUGACGUGCUUCUGCUAUGACCCUUACACUGAACUAGGGGAGGAGCCCGACCCUUUCGAUCCUUCAUUGUACUUACCGCCUCGGGCCAUCAUAUAUGCGAAGACGCUGAUACGCCGGGGUUUUAAAAUCGCCUUUUUAGGUGUAUUUUCCGGCGUAUAUGCGCUAUAUACUGGCUCAUUCAUACGGACCUGUAGAUACCAUUGCGGCGUCGUGACUGUACAACGGGCGCGUCGCAGGUAUUUUACUUCGGUUUUAUGAGAGAAUUAGCUGGACCUUGAACUGCACAAGAGAUAAACCAUG